UUCUUCGGUUGUUUUCGUUGUUGUGCGUCACUAUCCGGCUUCCUCUCUCGGGCAAGAUGGAGGCGAUCUUGACAAGGGCAACCCCUCUGCUGGUGCCGCAAUGUGGCCAAAUACAGGUUCGUGGCAUGGCCACGUUGAAAGAAAUUCGUAUUCGGUUGAAGUCGGUGACCAACAUUCAGAAAAUCACAAAAUCCAUGAAGAUGGUGUCAGCUGCCAAGUAUGCCAGGGCUGAGAGAGAGCUGAAGCCAGCGCGCUCCUAUGGAGUCGGAGCAAAGGCUUUCUACGAGAAAGCAGAAAUAGCACAGGACAAGGCCAAGCCGAACCACCUAGUGGUGGCCAUGUCAUCUGACCGCGGUCUGUGCGGCGGCAUCCACUCGUCGGUGGUCAAGUACAUCAAGGCCAUGGUGGAGGAGGAGGGUUCCGGCGGAGAGACCAAGGUCAUCGUGGUGGGAGACAAGGCCAAGGCCAUCCUACAGAGAACCAUGUCGGAGAACAUUCUGUUCAGCUUCAGCGACUACGGCAAGAGGCCGCCCAUCUUCAGCGACGCCGCCCUGGUGGCCAACACAAUCCUGAACACUGACUACAAGUACGACCGAUCCACGCUCAUCUUCAACACCUUCAAGAGUGUGAUCUCGUACAACACCACAGAGCUGCCCCUGUUCUCGUCGGAGGCCAUCGAGGCAGCGGAGAAGUUCAACUUGUACGACAGCCUGGACGAGGACGUGCUGCGCUGCUACAACGAGUUCUCCCUGGCCAGCCUCGUGCUCUUCGCCAUGAAGGAGGGCGCCUGCAGCGAGCAGAGCUCACGGAUGACGGCCAUGGAUGCCGCCAGCAAGAACGCCGGUGAGAUGAUCGACAAGCUGACCUUGACCUUCAACAGGACCCGUCAAGCCGUCAUCACCAGGGAGCUGAUUGAGAUCAUUUCUGGAGCGGCCGCUCUUUAACUUUUCGCUCACUGUCUUAGUAAUCUUGUGUCAAUGAAGGAGGAUUUAUUCAUGAGGUCGUCGUCAUGUCACGCACUUCUCAUCUGAUUCAGGUGUUUUGUUUGGAUACAAUAGUGAUAAUCCUUCCGCCACAGCCACCCAUUUUGUACGGGCAGGGUGCGAUAGUGAUAGAUUCUAAUUAUACAUGUGAGUGGAUUGCUUCGAGAUGUUUUCCUGCCGGUUGUAAGUUUGUGGAAUUUUGUUUGGUUCUGUUGUGUGUUACAGGCUCAGAACUGUACACACGCGUGGUCUAUUGUGUGUUACACGCUCAGAACUGUACACACACGUGGUCUAUUGUGUGUUACACGCUCAGAACUGUACACACACGUGGUCUAUUGUGUGUGACACGCUCAGAACUGUACACACACCUGGUCUACUGUGUGUUGUGACACGCUCUGAAGUGGAUCGACACACGUAAUGUUUGUGGAUAUUUGAUCCAAGAAAAUGUAAACAUGGUGAGUCUGACGGAAAUAAAUAAAGUGAUCUUCUCUGGAUUA